GGCCGGCGUGGUCGGCGAGGCCCGCGCUCACCGGUGUCGCAGUACCUGAGCCGCAGGGGCGCAGCGACUCUGGCUUUGGUUUGCUCCGUCCGGAAGAAGCUGACGGGGCAGAAUGAAGGCAGCCCCAGGCGGAGGGCCCUAUGAAGAGGACACGUCUGAGCUGAGACCUGGGAAGCCAGAAGGAGGCGCUGCGUGGGGAGGGGUGGGGAGGUUGAUGCUCCCGCUGGAGGGGCGAGGCGAUUUGUCGGGAUCGCGGGAAGAACUCGAGUCGGCGGAGAGACGAGUCGCCUGCAGGUGGCGCUCUCGGCCCACCCUUUUCUGUCCAGACUCACCAGUGCCCCAGGUCAGCGAGCCGAAGGCCCCGGACUCCAGUCGGAUGCAGAUGCCGCCGGGGAACCCACUGCUGUUGUCGCUCACGCUGCAGGAGCUGCUGGCCAGGGACGCCGUGCAGGUGGAGCUCAUCCCCGAGAAGAAGGGCCUCUUCCUCAAGCACGUGGAGUAUGAGGUUUCCAGCCAGCGCUUCAAGUCCUGCGUGUAUCGACGGUACAAUGACUUCGUGGUCUUCCACGAGAUGCUGCUGCAGAAGUUCCCGUACCGCAUGGUGCCGGCCCUCCCGCCCAAGAGGAUGCUGGGAGCCGACAGGGAGUUCAUCGAGGCCCGGAGGAGAGCACUGAAGCGCUUCAUCAACCUGGUGGCCCGGCACCCGCCCUUCUCCGAGGACGUUGUUCUCAAGCUCUUCCUGUCCUUCAGUGGCCCCGAUGUGCAGAACAAGUUGAAGGAGUGCGCUCAGUGCGUGGGAGACGAGUUCAUGAACUGUAAGCUGGCUGCUCGGGCCAAGGACUUCCUCCCAGCCGACAUCCAGACUCAGUUCGCCAUCAGCCGGGAGCUGAUUCGCAACAUCUACAACAGCUUCCACAAGCUCCGCGACAGGGCCGAGCGGAUGGUGUCGCGGACCAUCGACAAUGCUGCUGACCUCCUCAUCUUCGGGAAGGAGCUGAGUGCUUUAGGGUCUGACACGACCCCGCUCCCCUCCUGGGCCACUCUGAACAGUAGCACGUGGGGGUCCCUCAAACAGGCGCUGAAAGGCCUGUCCGUUGAAUUUGCACUGCUCGCCGACAAGGCUGCACAGCAGGGCAAACAGGAGGAGAACGACGUGGUGGAGAAACUGAACCUCUUCCUGGAUUUGCUCCAGUCUUAUAAAGACCUGUGUGAGCGGCACGAGAAGGGCGUGCUGCACAAGCACCAGCGGGCGCUGCACAAGUACAGCCUGAUGAAGAGGCAGCUGAUGAGCGCCGCCGUGCAGAACCGCGAGCCCGAGUCUGUGGAGCAGCUGGAGUCCCGCAUCGUGGAGCAGGAGAACGUGAUCCAGACGAUGGAGCUUCGCAACUACUUCUCCCUGUACUGCCUGCACCAGGAGACGCAGCUGGUCCACGUCUACCUGCCCCUUACCUCCCACAUCCUCGGGGCCUUCGUCAGCUCCCAGAUCCAAGGGCACAAGGAGAUGAGCAAGGUGUGGAAUGACCUGCAGCCCAAGCUACAGUGCCUCUUCGCUGGACCGCACGGCGCCCCAAGCCCACUGAGGUCCCCACAGGACGGCCUGUCUCCUCACUAGUGCCGGGAGGAUGUGGGCGGCAGCUCCGGCGCCCUCACUAAAACUUCUUUCCAAAUGGUGUGUUCCUGUUUAAUUCCCUUCACGUGGUGGCUGCCCCGACCCCGAGGGGGCCCAGCGUUGGGCUGCAGCCCCUCGUGGAAGAGCUGAUGCCCGGGCAGGGUGGGGCCGGGUCCCAGUGGCCGUGGCUCCCCUCCCCUCGCGGGGAGCAAGGCCGAGGACACGCGCUAGGCCUCCGGGCGUCCACGGAAGCUGCGGCCACACGGGGUCUGUCCCGGUUGCCCUCGACCCUGCCCGGCCCUCCCGAAGCACACCGUGGCCCGUCAGCCUGGUGGCGAGAGUGUUGAGAGUCCCCGGAACGGUUUUCUCCCAGGACCCACAGAGGGAUGGUUUGCACACAGCAGAUCGUGCAGGGGGGCGUGUGCUGGGGCCCAUGUGCUAGAACAGUCGGGAGGGUUCUGGAAUAGCUGAGCGGGGAGACGGGGCAGGACCGUCCCCGCGGCCGGCGUGCUGCCGUCGGACGGCGGUGGCCGUGUCCGACACGGAACUGGCCAGCGAGACCUUCCGCUGCGGCCCGCAGAUAGCCCUGGCCAUGCGAGCGGGGGCCCGAGGGUCCCUGGGCCCAAACCGUGAGCCUGGCGGCCCUGGCGUCUGUGUCCCUCCCUCCAUGGCACGCACACGUGUGCACGCUCACACCGUGACCCUGUCGUGUGCCCGGCGGUCUGAGGUGCGGAGGACAAAGCGGGCACCAAAGCGUCUGGAGGCCCGUGAGCCGAUGCUCCGCCGUCUCUGCAGGCGCAGGCGGCUGCCCGGCUGUUCUUGGGAGGUCACGCCGUGGGCGUCGAGGCUGGCAGGGCAGUGGGCUCCGCGGGGGGGGUCUGCGUCGCUCUGGUAACCCUCUGUUACACCGACUUCGCUUUGGGGCAGCAGGCACCCUCCUUCCAGCCUCCCUGCCACGCUUGCCGGCCCAGAGCCUGCUCCGAGGGGGCGGCGGUCUGGAGCUGGGUGGGCUUAUGUCCGCCUGGGGCUGGGUGUGUCCUGCCCUGAGCCCCUGUUGUGUAAGUGCCCCCCGUCCUUCACGGUUCUCACUGGCUUGGGAGGGCGCUGGAGGAGGCCGACUGCACCGAGGGUCUCUGAGGUCCCUGCCUUCCUGCAGCACGUGCCUGGGGUUCUGGGGGUUUGCCCUUGGUGUGAGGCACGCACGUGGGACCCAGAGGCUCUGGGUGACAGGCAGGCUUCCCUGGUGAG